AUGAGUAUUAGUUUAGUAAAAGGUCAAAAAAUCUCUUUAGAAAAAGGUGAUGGUUCAUCUUUGACCAAAAUUUAUCUUGGUGCAGGCUGGGAUGUGGCGAAGAGUGGCGGAUUUUUAGGUGGUCUUUUUGGUGGCGGUGGUGGUGAUUCAAUCGACCUUGAUGCUUCAGUCAUUAUUUUUGAUGAAAACAACCAACCGCUUGAUGCAGUAUGGUUCGGUCAAUUAAAAAGUAAGGAUGGCAGUAUUUGGCAUUCAGGGGAUAAUCGGACAGGUGCUGGUGAUGGCGAUGAUGAAGUGAUCCAUGUUGAUCUAACCAAAAUUCCACCGCAAGUCAAAGCACUGUUGACUCAAAUACCAAUACUGAAAUUGCAAAAUAUAACCUUUCAGCAAAAGGCAAUUAUACUGCCUUGA